UUUGAUAAUAAUUUAUUGAAAAUGCCUGCAUCAAGUGUCAAAAUAUUAAUAAUAGGAGAUAGCUCCUGAGGGAAAACUUCAAUUCUUCAUCAGUUUGUUCAUGGAAAAUUUGAGGAGUCGUACAAGGCAACAGUUGCAUGCGAGUUUGCUCUGAAAAUACUAAAAGUUGAUGACAUCUCAAUUCGUCUGAACCUUUGGGACAUUGCUGGUCAAGAUAGACUUGGAGGAAUCUCUAAUCUAUUCUGUAGAGAUGCAGCUGGGGCAUUAGUUCUGACAGAUAUCAACAUUCCAGAAACAUUAGAUAACGCAGUACAAUGGAAGCAUCAGGUUGAUCUCCAUCUGGAAGCUGAUGGAAGUAACAACAUCCCCAUGGUUCUUGCAGUUAAUAAAUAUGAUCUUAUUGAGGAAGAUGAGAAAGUAGGAAGCAUUAAAGAAGAAAAUACAGAACAAUACCUCAAAGAGUUUGCUAAAAAGAAUAAAUUUUCAGGAGUAUUCCGGACUAGUGCAAAGACUGGCAAGAAUGUUACAGCAACUUUUUCUAAAUUAGUAUAUGAAAUUCUGAAACAUCAAGCUGAAAACGAUGAAGAGACAACUACCCGUGAUACUAAAGUCAAAGGAGAGAGCUUGGUAAUACCCGGUGCAAAACCCAAAAGGAAAAAGAACUGCGAUUGUUAG